UCGAACCUGGAUCGCUCGAUCCAGAGGCGAGAUUUUUAACCAUGAGGCCGCCGCGUCUCCAUUAUACAUACCUUGCAUAUUCUGAGCAAUUACUUGUGAACGGUCCUAGGUACCUUGGAAUGUAGUACUCCUGUGGCCUCUGUGUCAAAACGCGCAUUCCAACGUUUCUGGUUAAUUUUGUUUAAUUGAUAACGUCUUGUUCUCCAAAGGUUAUUGGAGACAAAAAAGGAGGUGUUACGUCAGGUAUACUAAUGGACCCGAGAAGUAUGAGUGAACUAGGAGAAAUCAGUCAACUUGUUCAAGUACCAAUGAAAUUCAUCCACGUCACCAGGAACCCCUUUGACAACAUAGCAACCAUGACACUUCUCAAAUCAUGUUCACGUAACGCUGCGAAAGAAUUCGAAGCGGGAGAAAAAAUAAACCGCAAGAAUUACCUAGAAAGGAGCAUUGGACAAUAUUUUGAGUUAGCUGCCUCAAAUCAACGCGUCAGAGAACGGUACAGUGAUGCAGUUCUCGAUAUUCCAGCACACGAAACAGUGCUAAGACCUCGUGAAACGCUACAAAGAUUGUGUGACCAUUUAGGUGUCACGUGUUCGGACGAUUACUUUGAAAAAUGCAGUAAAGUCAUGUUCGGAACGCCGUCAAUCACGAGGGACAAAGUAGUUUGGACUGAUGAGCAAAUAAAGCGAGUCACGGAGAUGAUGAAAAGUUAUCCUUUUCUGAAAGACUAUUCGUUUGAUAAAUACCCUUCCUAAAAAUGCGUCAAGGAUUGUUUGACUUUUAAGGUGCUAAGUCACGGUAUUUUGACCACGUACAAAUUACCAUUAAAUUGAAAGGAACCUGAAAAUAGUAGGUAACCAAGACAGAAAAACACAAAAGAGAUAAUAAUAAGUUAUAAAGGAACAAGGAUGGAGAAGAUUUGCAUGGAUUGCAAACGGCGGCAUACUUGAAAAAUUUAGACUGAAUUUUUCAAAAAAACCGUAACGUAGUUCCUUUAAACUCUCGGGUGAGCAAAUUUAUUCCUACAUAAUGCGUUAUUUUCAGGGAAGUUUUAAUUUAUUUUUAGGUUUCUUUUCAAUUUAAAUGUGUCAUGGCAUGCGUUUGUCUUUUAAUAUCAGGCCAGUUGGUACAGCUUCAACUCUGUAAGCGAAUAUUCAAAAUUUGAAUUUUGUAAUCCAGCAAUAAUGAAUACUUGCCAUGGCGAAAAAUUAAGGCUGAUGACGCAUUGAUAUCAGCCACCAUUUUAGAACGCAAUCUCUUGGAUUUCUUCAUUUUCCAAAAACGUCAUAAAACGAUAAAAAUCGAGUCAAGUUCGAUUCAAAAUCAAUGAAAUAUUGUUGAAAAGCCCUAAACACUUUGAAAUACCUGCAUGAAAUAAAAUAGUUUUCAAGUUGUAAGAACAUGUCGGCCAAAUAUGGUAACCGUGGAAACAUUACGUUUUGAGUAUAGCCUUGCAGACGGCCGGUGCGACUAAAAUUUGAAUUGACUGAGAAUGAAAUGAGAAUUCAGCAGGCAGGAAAAACUGUGCUGUCCUGAUGCAAGGUAUUGAAGUCGGGCAUCUUUUCUCACCGGUGAAGGCAUUGAAUAUUCACGAAAAGGGAUAUAUAAUUCAAAAAAGCUAUAUCAGAUUGUAAAAAGUGAAAAAAAAAAAAAAAAAUGUGAGUCUCCAAACUUUUAAUUUGGCGCCAAAAUGGGUCUUCAGCGUUCGGCACCUCACUCAUCGGUCGCUGUCGCCAGAUAGGAUAAAAGUUGUGUCAUUUUGAAUAAAAUGUGCUACCCCUCAUCAAAUUAAACCCGGAAUUCUCGAAUUUUUUGUUGUUUGCGUAGAAAAAGACCAUUAUCGUGUCGUUUCGGUAGUUCAGCUCGGUCCUGACUGCCAUUAGUUAUACCAAAUUGUUUCCAGAUCAAUUUUAAGGAACAAACGAAAGUCUAGCAGUCUAUUGCUGGUUUGCAAUAUCACGCAAUCAAAAAUAAAUAUCGUAACCCAUUCAAUGAAUUAAGUUAAGAAUCUGGGAUAUGAUAGAGGAUUGAUAUAUA